AUGGACUACGACACCAAGUUCGCCAAGAUUGUCAAGUACAUGAAGCACCUGAAGAACGAGGACACGCGCCGCCGCGCCCUCGAGAAGUUGGCCAAGGUCGACAUGGACAUCACGCUGCUUGUCGAGACUAAGGUCGGCAAGGCCGUCAACAAGCUGCAGAACGACGACCAGGUCGGCCCGUUGGCUUCGAAGAUUGUGAAGCGGUGGAAGAACGUCGCCCGGAAGGAGGGGUACGAGGAGGAGGCCCGGAACACCAGCAGCAGCGGAAGCUCGAGCCCCGAAACUCCGCCGCCGACGAAGAAGGCGAAGGUCGAGCCGCUUGAGGAGAAGCCGGGCCCGAGUUUCAGCCAGGAGAAGAAGCCGAAAAAGGAAGAACCCGUUCGCGCCACGGUCACCCUUUCCAACGCCUUCGAGCAGGUGCUCGCCGCCGCCGAUCGCCCCGACAUCAAGGCCAAGCAGCACAAGCCACGCCCCCUCCCCGAGCUCGAUAUCCUCUACAAGCCGCUGCCCGCCAUCAAGCCGAAGAAGGCCGUGCAAGUGUUGUCCGCCGAGGAGGAGCAGCUGAAGCACGGCGUGCUCAAAUACAAGUCCACGGAUCGCCACCGUGUCUUUGCCGGCACGCGCAAGACGGUCACCACCAAGGUAGAGCCCCUCUUCAAGCUGUGCCUGAACUUCAUUGGCAACAAUAUUGAUAACCUCGAAGACACUGGUGACAUCCCGUUCGACAUCUUGCAGCCGGUCCUAGAGCGCUGCACCCCGACGCAGUUGCACUACAUCGAGUCGCGGAACCCGAGCCUUGAGGAGGACGGUGACUGCCUCUGGGAGAAGCACAUGAAGCGCCGCUUCCCGAACGAGGAGCCCGAAGACUACGAGACCUGGAAGCACGCCUACUUCCGCAUCGAGCGCGAGAAGACGCAGUCGUCGGAGAAGAAACUGGCGAUGCUGAAGCAGAAGAUCGGCGCCAGCGCGGCGGCCGCAGCCUGCCACGGGCGCCAAACGAUGCUCGCCGACGUCCAUGCCCCGGCCAACAUCCGCAAGCGCCAGCGCACCAACAACAUGCCCUUCACCGCCAAGCCGGUCCCCGACGCCGUCCAGCUGAUGAAGGCCCGCCGGCAACUGCACGAGACUGGCGACAGCUCGGCGCUGCGCUCGAUGCCGUCGGCCGUCGUCAACAUCAACUCGAACCUCGGCGCCCACCGCGGCAAGAAGGUCGAGCCGAAGAAGAAGGGUGCCCUCAUGCUCAAGACGCUCAAGAUGGUCAGCCUCAAGCGCCGU